GGGAGCGUCGGCGGAGGAGACGAGCACGCCGGGGUGCUGCGGGAGCUGUUCGGCGCGCGGUGGUGGACGGGGAGGGAGUUCGUGCUGCUCGUCACCGCCGUCUUCGUUCUGCUGCCGCUCGUGCUCCGCCGCCGUGUCGCUCUCCCGUCGUUUUCUCGCCACGUUUUCACGCUCUCGAGCCGCCGACACACACGCGCGCACCAAACAGUCCCAGAGCUUCACUCCUCUUCCCUGUUCCCUCCCACUAAACCAUGGCGGCGUCCAAGAACCCGCCGUUCUCUGCCAUGCCGAACGCCGGGGAGAGUGUUACACCUGAGGAGGCCCCGCUUCUGCCGGAGCACGCCGGGUCGCCGGGCGCGCAGGCUGGCGGCUCGCCGGCGUCGGUGCUGGGUGCUGUGUUCAACGUGUCGACGAGCGUGGUGGGCGCCGGGAUCAUGUCGAUCCCGGCGGCCAUGCGCGUCCUCGGCGUGGCGCCGGCGGUGGCACUGAUCGCUGGCGCCGCGGCCCUGGCCGACGCCGCCGCGGGCUUCAUGCUCCGGUACACCCGCGGCGCGCCGUCGUACGCGGCGCUGAUGGGCGACGCGUUCGGCCGCGCCGGAGCCGGGCUGCUCAACGUGUUCGUCGCCGCCAACGCACUCGGGACCCUCACCGUGUACCUCAUCGUCGUCGGGGACGUGAUGUCCGGCGCGGCGGGCGGCGGGGACGCACACGCCGGGGUGCUGCAGGAGUGGUUCGGGCGACACCGGUGGACCGACCGGGAGGUGGUGCUGGUGGCGGUCGCGGCGAUCCUCCUGCCCCUCGUGCUCCGCAAGCGUGUCGAUUCGCUGAGGUUCACGUCGGCCAUCUCCAUCAUGCUAGCGGUGGUGUUCAUGCUCAUCAGCCUGGGCAUCGCGGUGUACGCGCUCCUCAAGGGCACCGCGACCAUGCCGAGGAUGCUCCCGGACUUCUCCAGGCUCUCCUCCCCGUUCGAGCUCUUCACCGCCGUCCCCGUCAUCGUCGUCGCCUUCACCUUCCACUUCAACGUCCACCCGAUCCGCGCGGAGCUGAGCAAGACGUCGGACAUGAAGGCGGCGGUGCGCAUCUCCCUCGUGCUCUGCGCCGCCAUCUACGCCGCCGUGGGCUUCUUCGGCUUCCUCCUCUUCGGGGACGCCACCAUGGCCGACGUGCUCGCCAAUUUCGACCGCAGCUCGGGGGCCGGCGUCCCGCAGGCGCUCAACGACGCGGCGCGCCUCAGCUACGCGCUCCACCUCGUGCUCGUCUUCCCGCUCCUCUUCUUCUCGCUCCGGGUCAACGUCGACGAGCUCCUCUUCCCGGGCCGCCGGCCGCUCGCCACGGACACGCGCCGGUUCGUGUCCCUCACGGCCGUGCUCAUGGCGGUGCUCUACGCGCUCGCCAUCGCCAUCCCCAGCAUCUGGACGCUCUUCGAGUACUCCGGAUCCACGUUCGCUGUCACCAUCUCGUUGAUCUUCCCUGGCGCCAUUGUUCUCAGGGAUGUUCAUGGAAUAGCAAAGCGGAAGGACAAGGCUUUGGCGGCGACGAUGAUCAUUCUGGCUGUGGUCACGAGCAGCAUUGCCAUUGCCUCAAACAUCAUGAGCUCCAUCAGCGACAAAGUCAGAGAAGGUCAUGACUCAUGAAGCUAGCAGAUGAUAGUUCAGAUAAAUCGAGAUGCUGUUACUGUUUGCAGGUCAACAGAGCGAAGAUCGUCGGGCGUGUAACCUUGCUAGCUUUUGAUCUCAUAGAGAAUGAGGUACUCUGCUACGGUUCGUGAGAUGCAAGCUUAGCCCGUGCCCAGUCAUGCUGUAGAUGUGUGUAUGGAAAUACCUGCCGGCCAUUGUUGUAUACUUGUACUGAUGAGUGGCGAUACAUGUACUGUGUAUGAUAGCAACGAAUGGUAUAGAUUUAUAGGAUUUAAAUUCACUCAAAAGGAUUUACCAUCACUGAUCCUUAGCCUUAUACCUUACUCAGUGGUUGGUUAGUGGUAUACUCAUCAGAAUUUGUCCAUGAUAAGUACUGAACUAGGCUCAUUGAGAACGAACAGAUGUGCAGAUUCAGAUUGCUAACCAUAAACACAAUG